CUCUUCCGGGUUUCUUUGGAAAACCCCGUUGUGGAGGAGAACUUGUUAGUAGAGCAAGGAUGUAUUUGCUUCGAACAAGGAAAGGAUGGAAAUAAAGACUGGAGUAACAGGGACAGAGUAAAGUCUUAGGAAUGUUUAUUAUCUUCUUUUUACCUUUGCAAAAUAGUAGGCAAAAUACUAUGACAGAUUGGACUAAAGGAAAGCUACAAGAUUUUCUGGAUUAUUAUGGAAACCAUUUUAACAAGUUCCCAUUGCUCCGAGCCAAACUAAAUUGACAACUCUGGUUUACAAAAAUCAAAGAACGGGAAAAAAGGAAGAAAAUCAGCAACUGAAGCCCAGACCAGGUAACCCAGUGCACUGGCCCAGGCGCCGGGCGGUUUCCGGAUUAGAAGGAAGGAGAAGUAGCUGCUGGGUAUUCAGAGGCAGCUCGAGCGGAGAGGUGGACAACAGGAAUGGCGGGGCCUUACGAGAAGUCGGCCGUGAUAGUAACGGUCACGUACGGCAAUGAAAAGCAUAAUCUUCAGGUUGAUUCUCAGGAAGAUAGUCAACCAACAGUACAUGAUUUGGCUUUACUAACUGAGCAAGUAACUGGAGUUCCAGUUUCUUUUCAGAAACUGAUAUAUAGGGGAAAGUCAUUGAAAGAAAUGGAACAACCAUUGUCAACGCUUGGAGUGAAAAAUGGUUGUAAAGUUAUGCUGAUUGGGAAAAGGAACAGUCCUGAGGAGGAGACCGAAUUAAAGAAACUAAAAGUUUUGGAGAAAUCAGUGGAACAGCUUGCUAAAAAAAUAGAUGAAGUAAAUAAAGAACUUAGAGAGAUUCAGAAAGAUUUUCUUGCAAAGAAUAAUCAAACUGAAGCUCUUAGUCAGUUGGAUAAGCGGAUAAAGGGAAUUGCUGAGCAGUUUAUGAAAAUUCUGGAACAAAUAGAUGCUAUUAUUCUACCAGACAACUUUAAUGAUAGUAAACAAAAAAAGAAAGGACUAGUGAAAAAAAUUCAGGCUUUUCUUGCACAGUGUGAUACAGUGGAAGGAAAUAUUGGUCAAGAAAUGGAUAAAUUACACUCAAAGAAUAUGGUCCUUGCAGAAUGAAGCUCUUUUAAGUAACUAGGAUAAUGAAUUGCUCUGUGAGCAGAAAGAACAGUUUGCUCUUGCUUUUGGAACAGUUAUUCAAGUGUUCAGAAUUUUAGUUUUAGCAGAGUUUUGUGAGAGUGUUGCAUGUUAGCUAUUGUUUAUUCAUCAAUAUGUAUUCUGGUUAUAUUUAAAGAUAGUCUUCAGACACACAACCCAUCUCUAUUUGUUUAUUAUUUUUCCCUUGCUACAUUGUAAUAUAUCGUUGUCUGAACAUACAUAUUUCAGCUGUUGUGGUUUCAAUAUUUCUAUCAAUAACUUUUAUGGAUGUUGUACAAUCAAAUAAAAUAUCUUUUAUCAUUGUCAUUGAAAAUAAACUCAAUAAACAAUGUAAUACAUUGCAAUAAA